GGCCAUGUUUUAGUCCUGAUCGCAGCGACCCGGGUUAGAGUCCUGCUUGUAGUCCUUUGAUGCAUGUCCUCCCCUCUCUCUCCAAUACUUUCCUGUCUAUCUCACUCUAUCAUAAAGCAUAACAAUUUAACAAAUUAAUAAAAAUAAACGUGAUAUAAAAGAUUCAGGUGAAAGCGUAAUUCCAGGCAGGGGUCACCAACAAAUUCAAUAGUAUGUCUCAUAAUGGGGGAGGCCCCUUGUGCGUCAUAGCCUUUAAAGCCCGGAGGUCCUCAGCUCACUCUCACUCUCACGCUCACUCUCGAACUGCGGAAACUUUUCUCAUUCUCCACGAACGGUCGGACUUCACACACAUCACCACCAUGCUGAGGAGUGACGUGUUCUCCUGUUUCGUGUUCUACGCUGUGCUUCUCAUUUUAAAGAUGUACCUUUUAGCGAUCCUGACAGGACAGCUCCGGCUCCGGAAAAAGGCUUUUGCGAACCCAGAAGACGCGGUGAGACAUGGUGGUCUUGAGUUCUUCAGAGAGGACCCAGACGUGGAGCGCUGCAGAAGAGCUCACCUCAACGACCUGGAGAACAUCCUCCCCUUCCUCUUCCUGGGUGCUGUCUACUCCCUGACCGGACCGUCACUUCCUGUGGCGCGACUCCACUUCCUGGUCUUCCUGCUGUGCCGUGUGCUGCACAGUGCGGCCUACCUGUUGGCGUUGACCCCUCCCACCCGCUCUGUGGCGUACGUCCUGGGCCAGGUGCCUUGCGUGUCCAUGGCGCUGCAGGUGCUGGUGGCGGUGGUCCCGUACGCCUGACGCACUCCGCUCCCCUCGUGAGGGCCGCUGGACGCUGACCCACUGGUCACCCUCUUCAGCGAGGACAGGGGCACCCGAGAUGCAAGGAGAGAGAAUACACUACAAGACCAGGAUUAACAGUCAGACUGCAAUAUGUGGUGUGUGUGCUCACACCAAUGGUCGAUCCUAUGAAGUGCUCACUGCUCAGUAUUGUGUUUUGGUCAUUUUGUUAACGUAAUAUUCAAGAUGUGAUACUGCCCGAGGGAUAUGUUGUUAAGUGAAGACAAAUCAUGUACUGUGCAUUUAUUUUAUUUGAUAUGUUUUUGUAAUGCAAAUGAAGGUUGAGUUUUAUCGUGAAGCUUCUCUUCAUCAAUUAAAUGACCUCACAGAGUUAGGAAAAGAGAAUGCACGCACACACAGAUACUGCUAGAGCACCAGAAUCCACUGUGUUCCCUUGGCCUCCACGCAGCAGACGUCCUGAUGGGGCCAAGCUAUCUUUGACGUCUGAUUUACGUUCACUAGAGGCCGGAUACAUACGAGUGGACAGUCUGCUAGUGUCCUUAAACCAUCCGGCCCCAAGCCAACCUUGCUAACUGUAGCCGCUCGCUUACAAUCACGUUUGUUGAACAAAGCAGCCCAGAGGUUGAUGAGGUUUAUGGGUUCAUUCAUCUUUCCACUGCAUGGGUAGCACAACAUUAUUAUUUUAGAAUUUGUCAGAUAACUUAUUUUAAAGAAAGUAUGAAAAAAAACAACUGCCGUUUUAUUUUUGUAGCAUUGCCUCGCUCUGUAACUUUAACUCUGUAAAUUGAACAAACUGUCUCUAGAAAUGACAUUGUUAAUAUUGGACAUAAUAACAUACAAAGUGUAAAGGUGCAACCUGUCAUUUUUUUUUAUUUUUUACUUGCACUUUUAAUGGUUUUGUUAUUUGUUUGCCCUUGUUUUAAAUUGUUUUAAAUUUGUAAAGUAUCCUUGAGUGACCUGAAAGGCGCUGUUAAAUAAAAUGCAUUAUUAUUAUUAUUAUUAUUUGUUAAAAACAUUCAAAGAUUAACUACAAUUUUCCACAGAAUGUAAAGAAUGUAGAGUUUUGACGUGAUGUCAAAGACCGCUAUGUAUUUUGCUGCAGAGAUAUUUACUGAAGGUAACCACUGGCGCCCAUACUGUCUGGUGAUAUCACGUGAACCUCAAGAGGGGACUCACUGCAGCGUCCAGACGGCCCUCAGGCCAACAUGAGAGGAUGGAGGAAGGGCUUAUCUGACCUCUGGUCAAUCAUGUCAGAAGUACCCUGAAAAAAAUAAUUCUGGCUCUAAAUAAGCGAAUCACUUGAAGGAGAACAGAUGACUGUUAACAGUAAGCUGUACUCUUUAUUCAGUCAAGUGAUGCGUUACAGGGGGCAGAGGAAAAGUGGGGAGGAGGAGGGACCAAAGAUAUUUGGAGGCACUGUGCAUUUCCUUGAAAUCCCAACUUGACAAAGACGCAGGCCCUAUUUUGUGGACUUAUCCGACAGUUGGCCAAAUCCUACACGUUGCACCAUUUUGCAUAGGACCUUGUUUUGAAUUACAAUGAUCACAUUCAUUUAAUUCGUUUUACAUUUUAAAUAAUAAUAACAUUUUAGGAAAUUGAACUGAGCUUUCUCUUUACAGUUCAGUUGACAGUGGGUUUUGGGGGCAGGGAUGCCC